GUGGAACAGUUGACCGACAUGAAGUUCUGUGCAAUAAUUGUAGUUUACUUAAGCGCCUGCUUUAUUUGGGAGGCAGCUCAGGGCUGCCAGAGCAUAGAUCAACGCUUUAAGUUUCCUAACAGCGAUGUUUACAUUCGUCUGCAUCGCGGCAGUAAGUUACAGUAUGAGCUGAUGAAAGGCAGCAAAUCACUGCAGAGGGUAACCUUGGAUAAUUUUAUAACAAGCAGCAAUCUGGAGGCGACCUCAACGGGCAACUUUAAGCUCAGCGAUGGCACCACUACUAUAGAGUUUAGCCUGAUUAUGGCCACAAAUGGAAUAACGCACUUGCGUGUGUCUCGCAAUCAGGUGCUGAGGGCCACACAACCCAGGGAUUGCUUCGCGCUCGCAACUGGUUACAUACACUGGUAUGGCGGCGCAGAGCAAAAGGAGCACUAUUGGCCCGUUGAGCGCCAAAAAUACACAAACUUUUCAUAUGUGCCUAAGGAGCUAGGGAAUAUGGGUGUAGCUGAGCGCUACUGGCUGAACAGCGAGGGAUUCUUUCUGUAUGUGGAUAAAACUACACCGUUGUUUAUUGAUCAACAUGCAGUAGGUUAUGAGGACCAGAUAUGUAUCAGUGCGCUUAUCUCCUUGCCGUAUGAUCAGCGCCUGGAGACUGCAAAUUUUAGCUACCAGCUGGGCAUUGCCAAGGACGCGAAGGCGGCGCAUAUGUAUGCGGUCAAGACGCUGUUAGGAAAGCCAACCGGUUACCCGGAUGAGCGCAUGGUGCAGUACCCCGUCUGGUCCACUUGGGCACUGUACAAGGCGGAGGUGACCGACGAAGUUGUACGCGACUUUGCCAAGCAAAUCCUUGAUAAUGGCUUUAAAAAUAGUCAACUGGAGAUUGAUGAUGACUGGGAGGACUGCUAUGGGGCACUCACAUUCCGCAAAAAUAAGUUCCCAGAUGCAAAAAAGCUGACCGACGACCUCAAGUUGCUCGGCUUUCGCGUCACACUUUGGAUUCAUCCCUUUAUUAACAACAAUUGCACUACAAUAUACGAAACAGCCAAAAGCUCCGGUUUCCUGGUGCUGGACCAUGAAGGCAGUGCUCACACUCAGUGGUGGAACAGCAAGCCAAACGAUGCCGCCUACCUGGACUUCACAAAGCGCACGGUCCAAGAGUGGUUUACCAAAAGACUAAAGCGACUACAGACAGAGGACGGCAUUGAUAGCUUCAAGUUUGAUGCUGGUGAAAGCAGUUGGGUGCCCAAGGACCCAGUGCUUCAAGGCGAUGCCCACGAAUUGCCAUUACAGAUCACUACAGAUUAUUUGCGCACUGUAGCCACCUUGGGUGAUAUGGUAGAGGUACGCUCUGCUCAAAGUACACAGGAUUUACCCAUUUUUGUGCGAAUUGUUGACAAGGAUUCAGAGUGGGGUUGGAAUAACGGCCUUGUUACACUUAUCACUUCGCUGCUGCAAAUGAAUUUAAAUGGUUAUCCGUUUGUGCUGCCGGACAUGAUUGGAGGCAAUGGUUACAACGAGAGGCCGCCCACCAAAGAGCUCUUCUUGCGCUGGUUGCAGGCUAAUGUCUUCAUGCCUAGCCUGCAAUUCUCAUUUGUACCUUGGAAUUUUGACAAUGAGACCAUUCAGAUUAGCAAGACCUUCACUGAGCUACAUGCAGACUAUACACCAUACAUUAUGAAAUUGUUCAAGCGAUCCACAGAAUCUGGAGAGCCUGUAAAUGCUCCGCUCUGGUGGAUAGCGCCAAAUGAUGCAGUUGCGCAAAUCAUAUACGAUGAAUUCCUAUUGGGCGAUGACAUCAUCGCAGCUCCGGUCGUCGUUGAAGGCGCCACCAAGCGAGAUAUUUAUCUGCCGGUAGGCCAUUGGACGGAUGGAAACACAGCUGACGUCUAUAAGGGACCAAUUUGGCUAAUGGACUAUUCAGCGCCGCUCAACACAUUGCCCUACUUUGUGCGUGUUGGCUUUAAGAUGGAAUGAUUCACCUAUACAAAUUAACAUAAGAACACUGAAUUCCAAUUAAUUGUGAACAUAAAUUUUAAUCACACAAAAUGUAGUGUUAAAAUUAA